AUGUCGGGGAGGCAGCUAACGGAGCAGCUGUCCGCCAUCUCGACGGUCUCGGAAGACACCUGGUUGCCAGAGGCUGUGGAACGGGACCCAAGUGGCCGCUUUUGGAGGUAUGAUGAGGUCCUUGGAAAGGGUGCCUUCAAGUUCGUGUACAAGGCAUUUGACGAGCAAGAGGGCAUGGAGGUCGCCUGGAACAAGGUUAACCUGGUGGACACUGCGAGCAGGCACACACAAAGGACCCGCCUAUUUGCAGAGAUCGAGACGCUGAAACGCCUCAAGCAUAAAAACAUAAUGACCUUCAUCGACUCGUGGCUGGAUGAGAAAACCGACACAAUAAACUUCAUCACUGAGCUUUUCGCAGAUGGGUCUCUGAGCAAGUUUCGCCAGAGACAUAAGCACUUGGAGCUUAAUGUCCUGAAGAAAUGGGCAAUGCAAAUUUUGCAAGGCCUUGUUUAUUUGCAUGGUCACGACCCUCCAAUAAUGCAUCGGGACCUCAAGUGCGACAACAUUUUCAUCAAUGGUGUUUCUGGUACAUUGAAGAUAGGAGAUCUUGGGUUGGCAACACUGUGGAAGGGCAUGACCGCGCCUCUUAGCGUUCUUGGCACACCUGAGUUCAUGGCACCGGAAUUCUAUAACGAGAAGUACGAUGAAAAAGUUGAUGUGUAUGCUUUUGGGAUGUUGCUGCUGGAGCUCGUCACCAUGCAGUAUCCCUAUAGCGAAUGUACAAAUGCAGCUCAGAUCUACAAGAAGGUCUCUCAGGGUGUCUACCCUGCGGCACUUCAGAAAAUAGAAAAUGAGGAGCUGCGGGAUUUCAUAGAGCUGUGCAUUUCGUAUGACCCGCGUCAUCGGCCUGCAGCGCGGCAAUUACUGAAGAAUGACUUUUUCAAAGGCAUCAGGCAGUGUAUGGACAAGCGCCAGGCAGAGGAUGUAGUGACAUCGCCAUCGCAGACCAGCGAGUCAGAAGGCGAGGUUGAUGGCCUUGAAGCAAGAUAUCAAGCAUUAGUGAAGCCCCCCUGCCCACCACCGUCGGUCUUUUCCUCUAGUGGCUUUCCUCACAAUUUUGCUGUCCAGAGGUGUGCAUCUCCAGACGAAGAGCAUGAAGUGCUGCUACAGCUGAACUUUAACGACAAGGAAGGCAAGAGAAGAGCCAUCCAAUUCCCCUUCAAUCUUGAUGAGGAUACACCUGCAAAGAUCGUUCAAGAGAUGCUUGAAGAGCACUGCCAUUUGAGUUUGAGCAUUGGUACAGAAGAUGCAGACUACAUUGGGACCCUAAUUGCACAGCAACUGCCUGACGGUUUCAAGUCCUUUCCUAGAUCUGUAUCUUGUCCAACUCUGUCUGAAGAAGCUGACCCAGGGCAGAGUGGCACAGCUCAGAGUGGUGAAGCUGCAGGGGAUGCUUCGCCUGGGUGGGGCUUGACAGUUAUUCCAGAAGAUGAUGUGCCACAACACCUGGAGAGGAAGUCUUUGGAAGGAAAGAGGUCAGCAUCAGCGAGUCAGGAGUUAUCAACAAGAUUUCAGAUUUCCCCUUGA